UGGGAUUCAGUGUGAGUGAAAAUGUCACUGCUAAAGCUCUUCAGUUUUCAUCUCAUAUUCACAGUGUCUGUAUUCACUCUAGCAGAAAGUGCUAAUGAAUAUUUCACAACCCGUUGGUCAAGAUGCAUCUACAGCUCCCCUGAUCUCAGUGACAUGGUGUAUAUUGACAGCUUUUAUUUCAAUAAAUAUCUGUUCACACAGUUCAACAGCACUUUGGGGAAGUAUGUGGGGUUUAGUGAGUAUGGAAUGAGAAAUGCAGAGUACUGGAACAAUGACACCAGCAUUCUGCAGGGAGAGAGAGGUGAUGUAGAUGCAUUCUGCAAACAUAAUGCUCAAAUCUCGGACUCAGCUGUUCGUAGUAAAACAGUGAAACCAAAGGUUAAGCUCAGUUCAGUGACGCGGGCUGGUGGCAGACAUCCAGCUGUGUUGAUGUUCAGCGCAUAUGAAUUUUAUCCUCAACACAUCAAAGUGUCCUGGCUGAGAGAUGGUAAACUGAUGACCUCUGAAGUGACCUCCACUAUGGAGAUGGCUGAUGGGGACUGGUACUACCAGAUUCACUCUGAGCUGGAGUACAGCCCCAAAUCUGGAGAGAAGAUCUCCUGUAUGGUUGAGCAUGCCAGCUUCAGUAAACCCAUGAUUUAUGACUGGGACCCCUCUCCUCCUGAGGCUGAGAGGAAUAAAAUCGCUAUCGGGGCCUCUGGACUAGUGCUAGGAAUCGUAUUAGCAGCUGCUGGACUCAUUUACUACAAGAAGAAAUCAGCAGGGAGGAUCCUUGUACCUAAUUAAUGAUGAUCCUCAUACUGACUGCAUGUGGACUAAUAAUGAAGCAUUUAUCUAUCAUCUAUCAUACACAAUCCUAAUUUCCACAAUCCUUGGUGUUUCAUUUCUAAAAUUUAAAACAACUAUGAUUUAAAUAUAGCAUCAAAUCUGACACUUAUUUUUCAGUGAGCUUCAUGUGAAGAUGCAAUGUACAGUAUGCAAUGUUGGCAGUAUGUGUUGUGAUGUAUUGUGAAUGAUGUGUGAAAUAUAGAGAUAAUAAAGAUUAUUGUUCAAGUUUAUCCCUUGUACACAAUAAUGUACAUACAAGCAAAGAAUUGUUAAAGUUGAAAUGGAAAACCAAGCCUUUGUUGCUAUGCUGAAUAAAUGAUACCUGUACAAAUAAAGCACAUCU